AGCGAGCCAUGCCGCCGCCGGGUGUAAACUCGGCCAAUGGCCCCCGCGGCUCCUCCACCUCCAAGGGCAAGAAGAAGGAGCAGAUCGAGGCGCAGCGCCGGGCCAACCGUCCCACGACGAUGGGCGAGCAGCUAGGCGAUCACCAGCAGUGGACCUACGCAGCCACCGGAGCGCCAGUACCGCAGUCCAUGACACGCGGCCAGCGGUCGUGGGCGGCCCUGGUGGGCGCCAUGGUCUUCUGGCUCUCCAAGCUAGCCGACGAGUUUGGCCGGGUGAUGAUCAAUCGCCGUUUCUGGCCGACGAACCUCGUCAAGCGCGUGCGGGUGACCCCGCAGCAGUUCUACACGUGCCGCCGCAUGCCCAUCCACGUAGAGUUUGGCAGCAAUGGGCAUGGGCGUUGGUGGGCGUGUGGGCUACGCACCAUGCGGGUCGCCUACCAGGACACCAAGCCAGACAAAUCCACGCCCAGAAAGGAGAUGACCUGCGCGUGCAUGCGCCAGACCGCCGCCUGCUCGCUGCGCGGGGAGGGUUUCGCCCAGCUGGGCGGGGCCGAUCCAGAGUGGCAGGCCUUGGUGGCGGCCCCAGCUCCUCCGCCAGGAGUGCCAGCGGCGAGGGCGUCGGCGGGGGCGGUGCCGCCGUGGCCAGCGUCGGCCGACACUCAAGCAGCUGGGGCACCCUAUCAGCAGGUCGAGUCAGAUCAGCCCGACGUGAUCAUGCGCGACGUGGAGAAGCAGGCCAAGGAGCAGAGGGCCCAGCGUCGCCGACAGGCAGCGCCAUCACCAGCCAAGAGAGCGGCGAUGGAACCCUCAGCCAGCUCGGGCGACGGCAACGACGAGACAAUGCGCCUCCUGCAGCAGAUCGCCAACAAGCAGAAUCAGCAGGAGGCCUCCAUCAACCAGGUCUGCGCGACCGUGUCGGGCCAGAUGGAGGCGGUCGCGACUCUCCAGUCGAAGGCGCAGCUCUCGGCGCAUUCGUCGACAGCGCAGGUCCUGACCGGACCCGCCGCGACGAAGUCGCCGCCCCCGCUCGUGCCGCGGGGGCGGGUGCCCAAGGCGCCCCGGGAGCCGGUGCCCAAGGCGCCCCAUGGUACCAGGUGUGGGACUCCGUCGGCGGCCGCGGCCGCGACUCAGGAGGGGGGCUGGGGUUUCGUCGGCGCGGCUCCAGCGGUGAACGCCUACCCGUCGCACGGCGCUGGCCCAGUGACUCAUCGGACCUCGAGUGCGGCAUGGCCUCCGCCGAUCGGCUACGCCAAGACCAGGGUGGACAGCCCUCGGGGUCUUCGCGGUCAGCAGGGGGCUCUCCUCUCGUCGUCCACGAUCAGCAGCUUCGCGAUGCCAUCGACGCCGGGGGGCGCUCAGCAGCAACCCCCGGCGACGGCUCCAGCGGUGUCCGCCCAGCAGCUCACUUGGGCGCAGAGCGGCCCGAUGCAGGACGGCGGGCAGCAACUUCAACAGAGGGUCGAGCGUCCUGCGAGGCCUCCAGCGGCGGGGCCUUCGUCAGCCAAGGGAGACCCGUGGAUGCCGACGGAGAGCCCGGAGGAGGCGGCCUGGAGGCAGCAGCAGCAGAUGAAGGACGCCGAGAAGAAGCGUCUGGCCAAGGAGGGGUGGGAGCAGACUGGGUGGAAGACGUGGGGCCACGAGGGCGGCGGCAAGUGGACCUGA